AUAUAUGAACUGUACUAACCGUGGGUGAAAAAGUUUCACUUGAAAUGGAUGACUUGUACAUCUACCCGACCUAUGAAGAAGUAGUGCUGGGCGAAAGGUUAACGUUGUCCCCGAAUAUCAUUAAAGGUAGCUACCCGAGCGUGGACAAAUACCUGAAAACGCACUUCUGGCUGCUGAGGGAGGACUUCGUGUCGCCCCUGAGAAAGGGCAUCGACGAUUAUCGGGACCAUUUAGAACGCAGGGAUACAACUGAGUUUGAGUCGUACGACGUGAAAAUCCACAAGAGAGUGACGUUCAGGAAGAAUCCCAAAAAUGAACCAUUGACCGCUGUGCUUUGCUUCGACCCCGACAAGCGCCUUCGUCGCAAGAAACUGGACUUGAACAAUAUUUUCAUGUUCGAGUCGCUGCUGUGCUUCACCAGCGACUCAUUCAACACUCUCUUGUUCGCCACCGUCAGCUGCAGGGACAAGGAGUUCCUUAACAAGUACGAAAUCGUCGUCAAAUUCUGCGAAGAUUAUGAUGAGGAACUUGAUGAUCUUUACUGUGAGAAUUUCCUCAUGGUCGAGAGUGAAGCCUUUUUUGCGCCUUACAAGCACGUGCUCACUGCCUUGAAGUACAUGACAAACAAUGACUUUCCAUUCAAGAAGUACUUCAUUCAGGCCUCACAGGAAGAUUACUAUCCUGGUUAUAUAAACCAAUUCACGUCAAUUGAAGUUCAAGGCGUUCACCAAAAAUAUCGGUUUGACGUGAAAAAUUUUAAAUAUUGGCCAAGUGCCUCUGAGCUUGGUGUGAAUGCAUCCCAACUCGUCGCCCUGAAGACCGCCCUGACCAGAGAGCUGGCCGUUAUCCAAGGACCACCUGGGACUGGGAAGACGUUCAUGGCUCUGAAAAUUACCGAAAUCCUUGUGAAAAACAAAUUUGCCAUGAGAAGGAAGACACCUAUUCUGGUUGUCUGCAUGACCAACCACGCGUUGGACCAGUUCUUGGUUGGAAUGCUGAAAUUCACGAAGAAGCUUGUCAGAAUUGGAGGUCAGUCUAAGCGCGAUGAGUUGGACGAUUUCAACUUCAACAAGAUGAGGGGCUCGAGGUAUCAACGUCUGCAGAGGCUCGCUCAGCAGGACGUAAUUGGAUUGACAACCACCGGUGCGGCUAAAAUGAGAAGUGAUCUUGACAACCUCGGAUGCCAAGUCGUAAUCAUCGAAGAGGCUGCUGAAGUUCUUGAAGCUCACGUGGUUGCUUGUCUCUCAAGUAAACUGGAGCAUUUGAUUUUGAUUGGUGACCACAAACAGCUGCGUCCGAAAGUCUCUGUCUACGAGUUGGAGAAACUGAACCUGCACGUGUCCCUCUUUGAAAGGAUGGUGAUCAACAGGGACAAAUGCUGCACUCUGCAAGUGCAACACCGAAUGGCGCCGGAAAUUUCGCAGCUUAUCGUGCCGCUGAUCUACAGAAACUUGCAAAACCACCAGAGCGUUUACAACAAACCCCUGCUUCAAAGUCUAAUUAAGAGAGUGUCAUUUGUCUCACACAACAGCAUGGAGGGAGAGAUGAAGAAAAAUCCAAGCAAACGCAACAAAUGCGAAGCCAAAUUUUUGAUCGCCCUUAGCAAGCAUCUGCUAAGCCAGAGGGGCUACACCCCUGAUGAAUUUACAAUUUUAACAACCUACAAAGGACAGCUGGCUUUGAUCAAAGAAGUGAGUUACCAAUUAGCCUUUACUUUUAGUUGGUUUUUCCAUUUUUUUUUUCAGUUGAUCAAAAACGAUACGUCGGAAUUUGCUGAAAACUUGGCUAACGUCAGGGUGGCUGUGGUGGACGACUUUCAAGGCGAGGAAAGCAACAUUAUCCUCCUGUCCCUCGUCAGGAGCAACGCAAAUGGAAAUAUCGGAUUCCUAAAAACGGAGAACAGAGUGUGCGUGGCUUUGUCCCGAGCCAAAAACGGCCUCGUUAUGGUUGGAAACAUGGACUGUCUCUCGUCCAAGAGUCCCCUCUGGCAUUCUAUAAAGCGUACACUCCAGAGCCAGGAUGCCCUUUCCAAUUCUUUGACUCUGAGGUGUGAGGCUCAUCCACAUCAAACGUUUCAUGUGGAAACACCUGAGGAUUUUGGACGGUUGGCCCCAAACGGCGGCUGCAAUCAACCUUGCGGAAAAGUGCUCGAUUGCGGCCACCGCUGCAAGGCCAUGUGCCACUUGGACACCGCGUGUCCCAAGAUUGUUUGCCAUCAGCCUUGUCUUCGGCUCUGUAACGCAAGACUACAUCGCUGCCCUUUGAAGUGUUACGUCAAAUGCGGCUCAAGCUGCAUGGUCAAGGUCAGCAAAUACCUGAAGUGCAGAGUGCACACCAUUGAGGUUGAGUGCAAGACAGACGUCCGGACUGUGAAAUGCACAAAUCCAUGCAUAAAACUGAAUAAAGGAUGUCGUUUUGACCACAAAUGUCCAAAGCUGUGCCACGAAGAAUGCAACUUUUGUUUGGAGAGGAGCACAGUCAAGCUUGCGUGUGGACACUUGGCCACGAUUAUCUGCGGCAAGCCAAACCCUCUUUGCCAAGAGACGUGCACCAAGAAGAAAUUGGGGUGCCAGAGCAACCAUCUCUGCAUGAAGGCUUGUUACGAAAUAUGCGCCAUGUGCGAGGAACAAGUGAUUGUCGCGAGAACCUGUGGUCACAACCUUGUCAAGAAAUGCUACGAACGUGUUCCAGAUGGUUCCUACUGCAAUGAAAUGUGUUCAAAGAAACUGGACUGCGGGCAUGUGUGUCAAAAGUACUGCUACAGAAGUUGUAGGCCCUGCAGACCGUGCAUGCUCUCUUCAAUAGUCACCGUCUUCGCAUUUUGGAGAUGGAGAUAUUAUUAAAAUUUCUACAAGAAAUUUAAACAACAAUUAGUUUAUAUAAUUAUUAUACGACUUAUUUUUUUCUUCAAAUUUCUACCAGCUAAAUGUUGCAUGAUGUAGAUUAAAAAGGAAAUAAAAAUAUCACUCUUUAUACACUA